GGGGCGGCGUGGGGGGCCGGCGCGUAGCCGGGACUAUGGAGGGGCAGAGCGGCCGCUGCAAGAUCGUAGUGGUGGGGGACGCGGAGUGCGGCAAGACAGCGCUGCUGCAGGUGUUCGCCAAGGACGCCUACCCUGGGAGUUAUGUCCCCACCGUGUUUGAGAACUACACUGCAAGCUUCGAGAUCGACAAGCGCCGCAUUGAGCUCAACAUGUGGGAUACUUCAGGGUCCUCGUACUAUGACAAUGUCCGGCCUCUGGCCUACCCAGACUCCGACGCCGUGCUCAUCUGCUUCGACAUUAGCCGGCCAGAGACACUGGAUAGUGUCCUUAAGAAGUGGCAAGGAGAGACUCAGGAGUUCUGCCCCAAUGCUAAGGUGGUGCUGGUUGGCUGUAAACUGGACAUGCGGACUGACCUGGCCACACUGAGGGAGCUGUCCAAGCAGAGACUUAUCCCUGUUACCCAUGAGCAGGGCACUGUGCUGGCCAAGCAGGUGGGGGCCGUGUCCUAUGUUGAAUGCUCCUCCCGGUCUUCUGAGCGCAGCGUCAGGGACGUCUUCCACGUAGCCACAGUGGCUUCUCUCGGCCGUGGCCAUAGGCAGCUGCGCCGUACUGACUCUCGCCGGGGACUGCAGCGGUCUACUCAGCUGUCGGGACGGCCUGACCGGGGAAAUGAGGGCGAGAUACAUAAGGAUCGAGCCAAGAGCUGCAACCUCAUGUGAGGGGCCCACAGGGAACGCAGAGAAUGAAGGGGGGGGGACGAGAGGCACAGUUGUCCCCCCCACCCCACCCCCGCUUGCUCCUGGACUUUCUGACCUCCUGACCCUGGCUGGAAGGGCAGGGCAGGCAGAGGAGCAGUUCUGGUUGGAAGACCUAGAGGACAGAAGGGUGUCACCAUUCCUCCUUAUCCCCUCUGGUGGUG